CCGAUGUGCAUUCAAUUAAAAUUUAAAUGAGCAUUUGGUGAUGUCAUUACGUUCGGAUGAUAAUGAACAGGAUUAUAUUCGGGGUGUUUCUCAUCCUCACGUGCCGGCCCCCAUCAGCGCUACGGGCCCCACCACCACCGGACUGGCAACAUCCGGGGCCUGGCACGGGUGGCAUCGUAGCGGUCCAGGCGACUCCACUUGCACAAGUUCCAUCCUUGGCAUCCGGAGGAGCCGAUUCGGCGAUCAACCCGUUCAUUCGGUACUGGGAACCGGCCCGGUUCGAUCGUGGUCUGCUGGACCUGGCUCAUCAGCAUCACGAACAGCAUCGGAGGCGUCGCCGAAGCAUCAACUACGAGCAUGGUUCCGCCGCAUACGGACCAGCCAACGUGGUGCGAUUGAACUUUCGCGCUCAUGAUCGCGAGUUCCGGCUGGUGCUGCAGGAAGACCCGCGCUCGGUUUUUGCUCGCGAUGUCCAGAUCGAGAACACCGAGGGCCCGAUGGACUACGAUCUAUCGCGCAUCUACACCGGCACCGUAGAAGACGAUGAACACUCGCACGUCCACGGUGUGCUGACCAGCGACAACCUAUUCGACGGUACGGUUGUCACGAACCUAGAGCAAUACUACAUCGAACCGGCCGCCCGUUACUCGCCAGAACUCGAGCGGCGGCACGGUGUCCAUACUGUGAUCUACAAACUCAGUGACGUGAAAAUUCACCAGAACCACCACGGCCACCACCGGCCACUGAGGGCCGACGCACGGAAUGGCGGCAAGGACCAGCCGCCUUCCGUACCGAACGGCCAAGGUGUGGCUUCCGGUGAGCGUAUGUUAAAUUUAGCAAAAAACCAGCCUAGCACUAGGUUCCAACACAAUCUCGUCAACCCUGACACGGUCCGGAGCGCCACACCGGCGGAUAGCAGCAGUGAGGCUGAAGCGAAACAGCGUCGCACCGGAACUGCGACACGGAAAACGCGCAGAAAACGGCGCUGGCUGGAGGAAGAGGAAGUGAUACAGGAGAGUAGAAACCCAUCGCUGCCACUAGAUCUAGAAGUACCCUAUAACAAUGACUACACGAUAGUGCGCACUCACGGCAAGGCGGCAACCGUCGGCAGUACCGUGGCGACCGGUGGCACUGGUGGUGCGGCAACCGGCGCACUUCCUCCCACCCGCACCACCAUCAAUCGAACGGUCAAUCGAGGCAUUAUUGGUGGUACGGGAAUAGACGCACCGAUGGUGCGAACUACCGCACCGGCGGUAAACAAUCGCAAGAACCAUUUUCUGUACAACAUCUACAAUCCGCACGGUAGCGGUAGUACCAUCAUUACCGGGGGUGGAAUGGUGAGCGGUAUUGGUGGUGGUGGUGGUGUGGAACAAUUUCCUUGGACGCGCACGAUCAAUAUGACCGGUACGAAUCACAACAAGGAUCACUACGUCGAGAUAAUUACGAAAAAUGGAUCGACGCGCAAAAAUAUCCCGGUCGCAGAUCAUCCGGAUGUGAUGGUGAAUGGUAACAUUAACCUAAACGUGCGAAACGAUCUGCAUGAUCAUCAUCACCAUCAUCAGCAACAGCUGCUGCAGCAGCAACAGCAGCAAAAGGAGCAAAAAUCGUUUGCCAACUCGCUGUACGAUCGGAAGAGCACGUGUAUGUUGUAUCUGCAGGCGGACCAUACCUUCUUCCAGAAGAUGGGCUCGGACGAGGCGAGCAUCGAGGCGAUAACGCGGCAUGUGCAGCGUGCUAAUCUAAUAUAUCGGAAAACAGAUUUCAAUGGUGAUGGAAAACCGGACAACAUAACCUUCAUGAUCAAGCGCAUCAAGGUGCACAAUCAAAAUGCACUGAAGGAUCCACUGUACCGGUUUCCCGGCAACUACGGUGUGGAAAAGUUCCUUGAGCUAUUUUCGGAGGAGGAUUACGAUGCAUUUUGCUUAGCGUACAUGUUUACCUACCGUGACUUCGAGAUGGGCACCCUCGGGCUGGCCUGGACCGGUGACCUCAAGAAUGCUGGUGGCGUUUGUGAGAAGAAUGGGCACUACCGUGGUUCGCUCAAGUCGCUCAACACCGGCAUCGUCACACUGCUCAACUAUGGCAAACACGUCCCACCGGCCGUAUCGCACGUAACGCUAGCGCACGAAAUCGGACACAACUUUGGCUCACCGCACGAUCCGGAACAGUGUACGCCCGGCGGAGAGGACGGUAACUUCAUCAUGUUUGCACGCGCGACGUCCGGCGACAAGCGAAACAACAAUCGCUUCAGUCCCUGCUCGCUGAAAGCCAUCGAACCGGUGUUGAAUGCGAAGGCUCGUAGUGCCAAGGGUUGUUUUACCGAACCACAGGAAGCAAUCUGUGGCAAUGGGGUGGUCGAACCGGGAGAGCAGUGUGACUGUGGUUGGGAGGAGGACUGCAAAGAUUCUUGUUGCUAUCCGAUGUCACGCCAUCCACGCUUUGAUCAGAAACCUUGCACGCUGACACCGAAGGCACAAUGUAGUCCAUCGCAGGGACCGUGCUGUACGCUCGAGUGUACGCUUAAGCUCGGUGACAAAUGUCGGGACGAUAACGGAUGUCGAGAUCCGGCGUACUGCGAUGGCCAGAUGCCCGUCUGUCCACCGUCCAUCAACAAACCGAACAAAACGAUCUGCAACAAGGAGUACGUGUGCUACAUGGGCGAAUGUACCGGAUCGAUCUGUUUGGCGUACGGGCUGGAAAGCUGCCAGUGUGCGGUAGGACCGACGGAUCCGGCCAUCAAGGCGUGCGAGCUGUGCUGCAAGCAACCGGGCGAAGACAAACCGUGCCUCAGCUCGUUCGACUGGAACGAACCACCGUACGAUGUGCCGGACAUGUACGCGAAACCCGGCACACCCUGCAACGACUACAACGGAUACUGUGAUGUGGCGCAAAAGUGUCGCGAAGUGGAUCCGUCCGGACCGUUGGCUACGUUGCGCAAGUUGCUCCUGUCGGAGGAGAGCAUCGCCAGCUUCAAGAAGUGGAUUCUCAGCAAUUGGUACACCGUCGCGUUGAUCGUGACCGCCGUGCUGGUGCUGUUGGUUCUGAGCGCGAAGUUGCUGGGCAAGCGUACCAAUCUAAAGCUGAAAACGGUCACCAUCAUACACAGCGCCACGACGGAAACGGUCCGGCUGCCGGAGGACAACAACGGUGUCAUAGUGCACACGGCCGUUCGCACGAAAGUGCCGCUCAAAAAGAAGGUUCGCGGCGAACGAACGAAACCCUCGGCCACCAGCAGCAAGGCCACGAAGGGAACGCCGGCAGUGGCACCGACCACCGCGACCGCACUAGUGCCAAAGCAGCUGCUAACAACAGUGAACGGAGCGACCACAACCACCACCGCCGUGCUACCGUCCACCUCGAAGGAGCUGCAGCAGCGCCAGCAAGCAUCCGGCACGGGCGGUCCACCGGUCCCGACCGGUGGCGCCAAUCCAGCCACCAUAGUCAUUAAGCAAGUGAAACGGCACGUCGGGCGUACUACGACCACCACCACCACCGCUUCCGCCGGCGCUUCCGAUAGUCCGAAAAAAUUGCUCAGGAAGAAGAAAAAGCGUUCGACGACGACGGGUGGUGGUGGACCGUCCGACGAAUCGCCCGUCAAGGAACCGACGACGGUGAAGCAGCAGCUGAAGAAACACAAAAAGCCCAAAUCCAAGCAUAAAGAGGUGAUCGAUUACUCGAGCCGCAAUGCGUCUGAUGCGCACAGUCACAGUAAUACGUUCGGGAAGGUGCAUCGCUGGCUGCUGGAGUCACCGAUCGUAGCCAGCCAGCCGUCCGGGUACGAGCAUGGAUCGGCCGUCACGAACAUCCUCAGCAAGAGUCAAUCCACACCGGACCACCUAACGCAAGGUGGUGGUCAGCAGACGGGUGCAACACCGAUGGCGGCAGCAGCAACAGCAGCAGCCACCCGGUCCCCGAAGAAAACCCGCGUGAAAACCAAGUCCGUGGGCAAUCUGAACGAGAAGGUACGGCUUCAGGUAGUCUACAAGCCUCCGUUCAAGUUUAGCUUGAAACUCUCGAAAACGGAUCCAUCGGCAGUGUCGGGCGUAAAGACGCACAUUGUGCCAGGAGCAGCUGGUGGGAAGCGCAAAACUCGUCCGCUUACCGACCGGAAACGGGUCGGUCCGGGUGGUGUUACGGUGGCCGGUGGAGAGGAGCAAAAUGCGCCACCCCGCAAACGGUCGGCAAUUCUCGUUCGUCAAGCGGUACCAGUAGCGGAGGAGAAAAUUCCAAUUAUCGGCCAUCCAAACCAGUCGGAACCGAACUACGAAACGCUCAAUCCACGGAAUGGUCUUCCGAGUGAGGAAGAUCAAACCGCGGGCGAUGAUGGGUCCCACACGUACGAGAACGUCACGUUCGGGCAUGGUGACGAGUCGGACUCGGUAUCCCAACAACAGCCCAAUGUGCCAUCGAUCAACACGGCCACGUUCCGGAUCAGUCGGAGCGCAAGUGGGACACGGUUGCAGAACCCACUGGCCAAGAGUUCCACCCAACCGUUUGGUGGUGUUGGUGGAUCGCGGCUAGAUCCACAGCGUGGCAGCACGUCCAAUCUAGUGUCCAGUGGGGCACAUGCCAGCGCUCACCAUAGCAACAGUGGUGGACGUGAUCGACAGCGCCGGUCCAGUGUGCAUAACAGUUCGUCUAGUGCGUUCCGUGCGUUCGGUGGUGACAGUACGGAGUGUUUAAUCCGUUCCAGUACGACAAAUCUGGCCAAACCUAGCCACAGUGGGAAGCGGAACAGCUUCGCCGAUAAGAAACGUUCGAGCACAACUAACCUUAGCCGACAUCAGUCCGGUUCGGCGUCUAACUUACAUUCCCUCAAACGGCACGGUUCGUCCAGCCAGAUGUUGCCAGAUUCGGCUGGCGGUAGUCGAAGAAAUAGUAUCACACAACCAACGAAACUGUCCCGAUCGGCUUCAAAUGGACCGACCGGUGCAUCGGGACGUCAUGCUGGCAGCGGGAAUGGUACGCUUGGUAGCAAUAAUUCUGCAAACUCUAGUAGUAACGGUAGCUAUGGACACGGGCACCAUUCGCAUCAUCAUCAUCAUCAACAGCAUCAUCAUCAAAGUCAACAUCAGAGGCGUAGCAGUGUAGGAACUUCGAGUAAAGCGGUACAACCGUCGAUGAUUGCCAGCCAAACGCAGCAGGCUGGUGGACCGGUUCUAGCACGCCAAACAUCGCUGAACGUGAAAUCGAACGGUGCGGGUCAUCAGCAGCAUGCUACGCAUCAUGCGCACGGUCGACCCCAUACGGCCACGUGUGCGGAUGAUCCAAAAGCUCAACGACCGUUCGAGUGGCCAACGGUACCAGGUGGAGGUGGUGGUGGUGGUGGUGGCAUCCGACGGCCACUUGACGAACCGCUUCCAUCCGAUCUGGAAGUGAUGGUUUCGGACGUGGAGAAUCUGGUCAGUGAUAGAUAACAAAGUUU